AUCCCGGGGCCAUGUAUGAAUUCAUUACCCACUCGCCUGGCCCAAUCCUAUCCCAUCUUGUCCUUAAUGUGCGUCUCCACCUUCGUCAAUCGCUCGCCCAUUUGCUCCUGCUGUGUCUGCAUCUCCCUCAGCUGCUUUUGUAUUCCUUGCAAGGAGGGAGACAAGAGACUCGAAGUGUAAGUACGUGGAUGGAUCCAGCUCCUGCCUUUUCACCUGACAGCAUCUCGAAUUGGGAAGAGUGAUUGUGGACGAGGGCUGCAGUACAUCAAAACAGACACCUUUUCCCAGCCUGCCUGCUUUGUGGGUUUGAAAGUGAUCCUGUCUCACCAGUCAUGAUGUCCGGAGAUGUCGUGUCGUGAUGGUCUGCGGCCUCCAUCCACUUCUCGAUGCUGUCCUUGAAAUCGUCGCGCGCUCCACGCCUCCAACGUCUCUUGCCCUCAGUGUCCUCAGAAGACUCCUUAACCAAACACAAGAAGAACAUUCGGACGAAGUUGCUAUGUCAUUCACCUUUCCUCACUUGUGACGUCACAUAGUUGUAGAGAAGGAACACGGGCGCCAAAAGGAUGACACCGAUUGUGCGCAAUGCCUCCCAGUAGUCUCUCUCCUGCAUCUUCUUCUGAAUCUUUUCAUAUCCUUCGUAGAUGAAUGCGGGUGUGAAGGCGACGGCGCACAGGAGCGCAUCGAUGGUGCAGUAGAUGACUUUCAUCGACCAGAAGGCAAUGCGGCAGAGUGCCGACUGACGUCCGCUGAUGAGGUUGGCGAGAUAGUGCAAGGGCUCCGACACGACCACAGCUGCACAUACACAUAUCAUGCUCACAUAUGAUGGAUGCAGUUGAUGUCUCUUGAGGCACCGACCGAUGAGGUUGAAUGGCGGCGGCAGCCGCUCGUGGACAGGAAUAGUGAGGUACUCAUUCAACACGCGGAUGCGCAGCAACCUGAAGAUGUGAACGGAGAGAGAGGGAGAGCCGUUGCAGAUGCGCCGCUUUCCUCUGUCUGUCUGUCUGCCUGUCUGUCUGUCUGUCUGUCUGUCGGAUCUUUUUUCUUGACUCACUGAUACUGGGCAGCCUGCGACUCCUCGAUCACCGCAUACGUCGAUGCCUGAUGGCCACACAGAUACACACCGACAACCGACACAGACAUGAAUUGAGCCCCCCGUGUCUGUCUCACCAUGAUAGCGAUGAGCAGGUUGAGCUAUCGAUGCACGCGGGCAGAGAGAGAACAAGGAUGGGACAGGAAUGGAGUCCUUGGGUGUGUGGCUUGUCCAUCGGUGCGUCACGUACGAGUAUGAUGGAGGAGAGGAUCACGUAGGUGAACAGCAGGACGGCCCCCAGCGUGUCGUUAUUGUCGAUGGCAUUGUUCAAUGGGUCGCUGAAGUCGCCAAGACCCGCGUAGAAACUGCACAACGCAAGGUAGACGGAGAGAGCCACGUGUCUCUUUUCCGUGUGGCUUCUCUGCUGCCAUGCGCACAGUGUGAGUGUGGCUUUGGGGAAGGAGCCGAAGUGUUGAUGGUCUUCGUCGGACGAGAGGACGGUGAAGAUGCCCGCGAAGACCAGCAGGAUGUAGACGUACAGACACAGAAACAUGCUUAUGUCCGACAACAUCUUCACCACAGCUCUGACACACACACCGACGAAGACAUGACAGCGUUAUGUCUCUCCGUGGCUGUGUGUCUUCUGUGUGUGGUUCUCUCUCUCACGGACAGGAUGAGUGGUCCCACGGUUGGGUGAAGGCUGGCGGUUUGGAGGAAUCGCAGGGCAAAGAGGAGCGCAAUCAGAACUCCUGAACCGAUCUCUGCUCCCGCCGAGUAGCCAGUGAAGUGGAUGGUAAUGAAGCCGACGAUCGACACGCCGCUUGCAAAGUCCACGUGAUUCCUUUACGAAUGCCCACACACACAACGGCAUAGGGAUGAAUUCUGGAGCACGAAGACUGAUAUGUACCAUAUGUCUCCCCAGUACGCUGCCUUGAGACGUAAGGCCUGCGCACACAUAGAGAGUGCUGAUGAUCAGGCGUGUCUCCCCCGCUCCUCUCGUCUGUCUUACCUGGAAGACCUCCAGAAGUAUGAAGCCAGUGCCGGUGAGCACUGCUCCCCACAGCCACAUCGAGGGCCACACCCACGGCAUCAUCACAUCGCUGUCUCCCUUGAUCGACUCGAUGUGCAGCAGCACAAAGGCCACCCUGACAACAGACACAAUGAGGAGAUGCUGUACGUUUCUGUGCAUCGGUCUGUACGAAUGGGUAUAAGUCUCACAUCAGCAGCAUUGACAGCACGCGGCUGAUGAAGACAUCACGGGGUGCGAGUUUCAUGCUCCAGUUUUCGUAUUCCUCCUUCCAAUGCUUCUCGACAAGAGAGAUGCAGUUGGCUGUCGGAGUCAUUGGCAGCAAAAUGGAAGGAAGGAGACAUGAGUUGCCUGACACACAGGCGGACAGGAGGACAUCUCUUGUGUGGAUUACCUUGUGUGACGACUUGGAGUGGCUCUGAGGACUCAAGCAGCGCAAACCAAUCUCUCUCUUUGCCUUCAAGUGACUUUCGAAAGACCCAGGUCUUUGUAUCGGCGCAGAAAGUGGCUAUGAGUGCCUGAGUCAAUCCCACAAUGCGGGGAAGUAAAAUCACCGCAGACGUUCCUCCCUGUCUCUUUACCUCGAGCCAAUUGCCUAUCUUUGCCAGGUCAUCUGUGAGGGAGUCACUCGAUCGUGUCUGCAUCAGCCGACGAAAAACGGAGCAGCAGCGAAGGCAGUCGAGGCCCAGCGACUCAGAGCGGUCCUUCAGGAACCCCUUCGCGAAGGGCACCACCUCCUCGAGAUCCUGUGCCGCCACAUCCGGCAUUUUCGCGCCUCGCUCGAGCAGCUCCAUGACCACAUCUCCAUCGACGCCGACCAUCGCAACGACGACUUUCGGCUUCUUGAGGGCAAAGUCGAGAGGCGUCUCUCCGUCCUGUUACAGUCAUGAGGUCACCAGCAGAGACAACUUCGACACACAGCUUGAUAUGACGACUUACAUCGUUUUUUAUCUUUAACAGAUCUUGGUUUUCGUUCAGAAUCCACUCGACCACAUCGGAAUUGCCCCGCACUGCAGGAAAAGAGCGAAACCAUGAUGAGGACUUAUGCACCUGUGUGGUCGUCAUUUGCAGGCCUGACUGACUUGCUGCGUCGUGAAGAGGCGUCCGCCCAUUCUGAACCACAGCAUGAAUGGGACGCUUCCUAAGUCAUGCGUCACUCGACAGGUCAUUGUCCUGACCUCGCUCAGAGCUUCCAGGAGCUCCUUUCCGCCCCACUCGACAAACUUCUCCACAACAUCGACUGACCCGCGUCUCGCUGCAAAAUGAAGGGGCGUUCUGCCCUUCUGCAAAGCCGCAGCAGUGAAGCGCACAAUAGGUGAACGGACUGGUGAAGCAGGGCGAAGGAAAGCCUCAAACACAAUACCUGAUCUUUCAUGUUGAGAAGGUGCUGCCUGUCGUGCAGCAGCACCUCCAGGACAGCCACAUCUGAACACUUCACUGAGACAACACACGCAUGGGCUGGCUGCGUGGCUCCACCAUGUAUGUUUUGUUAUACGAUGAUGUGUACAUGCGGCAUAAUGGAUGGCAGAGUCGCAGCUGGCCCAUUUCCGAUGUGCCCACUCUCCAGUCGUCAGCACUUUCUCGGCUUGCUCAGGCGACAGACCGGCGAGGGCAUUCCGCAGACCCUCCACAUCUGAUGCAUCGAUGACCUCUUUGAUGCUGUCUCUCAGCGACUGAGUCGGUUCCCAAUCGUCGGCGGCCGGGGCACCCACCAAGGGCACCUGCAGAUGAAACACAAACGACCAACAGACCUCUGAGAGUGUGUGACCGUGCCACUGCCCGCAUCACACCUGCUCAAAGCGUCUCGGUGCCUUGGUGAUGUCAUCGGUGACGUCAGGCGGCUGGGGCUCCACCAGCCCCUGCUCAUCGUCAAGCAGCAGAGGGACCUGGUCACUCGCUUGACGGGAGGCCGACAUCUGCAUUGUAAUUUAAGGGCAUAUCGGCCGUGUGUCGAGACCUCUGACUUUCACGAUGCCUGCCUUUCUGUCAUUGAUGGGCUUCUGUGCUUCGGCGUCCGACGCAGCAUCCUCGACUCGCGGCAGCUGGAUGUAGUGCCCCUCAUGAGCAGCUUUGUCGCCCUUCCGACCCUGCGGCCGCUGGGGUCGCUGCUGGUUCACAAAGCCCAGCAUUUUUGGGAUGGUUUUUCCCUCCUCACCCGAG